AUGCCUACCUCCAAUACCUCCAAUACUUCCUCCCCAGUCAAGCGCCCCGGUCUCGGUCGCCGCGCAGUGUCCUCCCACGCAGUUGUCACGCGUGCCAAUAGCAGUGACCUGUCGGAGACGCAGAAGGCAGCCGCGCAUCACAAGCCUCACCGCGCCCAUGUCGUUCACCGCAAUCACCAUCGAAACCCCUCCACCAACAAGAACUUCAAUAAACUCCAACGGUUCCAACUCGGCCCCGAGACCACUGGGCGACACCACCAGCGCAAAAAGUCAGCACCCGCAACCCCCAUCGCAAGUCCGAAAGAAGGCGGGCACAUCCGCUGGGAUAACGCCGUAGGCGAUAAUCAAACCAACCCUUCCAUGAAGAGGAACUACUCGACUCCCGUAUUACGCCGGAACCCGUCGGCUGUCGGCAAGAAGGCCUUGGUGACAGAGCGACCUACCUCCAGCGGAGUAAAGAAGACGGUCGGCUUUGAAUUGGGGGAUGACGAGACUGACGAGGCGGAAUGGGAGGAUACUACACAGUCGCCCGAAAGUACGAGGCGCAACUCUGUCGCACCAUCUAAUCCCAGCGCCGAGAACAGCACUGUCCUCGUCGAUCAUCUCACCUUCGUGAAACGGCCCUACCCACAAAUGCCUCGCGCAACUAGUCUCCCGGAGUCGGUUACCCACAAAUUCGCCCGAGAACGCGCCGAGCAGGCCGAAGAUGACCACGAGGAAGAGCAGGAUCAAGAGACAGAGGAUGAGGCAGAGAAUUCCAGCCAACACACUGAGCAGGGUGAUAUCGCAAGUCGCCUGCUCAGCCCCUCACAUUCGGCCAAAGCACCUCCUGCAAUGUCAUCCAUCUCAGCCAUGGUGAAGCCUGAGACCAAGAUCACCAACCCCGCAUCACGCAGCAGUGCAUCUCUUAACCUCGCGGCUGGCCAGGAUAAUGCUCGUCGCACGUUCUCUACCGCAAGUAUGGCGAGCAUGCCUGGCUCCCAUCCGCAAGCAACCUCAUCAUCUAUGGAAGGCGGCGUCUCGAGGUUCAUAUUAAACAACAAGAACAGCAUGCAAGCAUCAUCUCGGACCGACUCAGACCCCAACACGCCUUCCUCCUUCCUCCCACAUUAUCACCCCCAAACGCCGCCUUCGCCCAAGAGUGGCGCUGCAAAAUCGACGGCUUCGUCGGCGCGCCCUCGAGGCGCCGACCUGCCUUCUCGCACCCAGCAGAAGCUCUGGCUGCAGCGAACAGCCACUCUCAACAAUUCUCCCCCAGAUUCCCAUGGAGUCGCAGCCACCGCAUCACCGUCUGCGAUUGACCCCUCAUUUAUUACCGCCACCCAACGUCCCAGCGCCGGCGCCUUCGACGCUGGGAGAGGUCUGAAUGGCGAUGGUCGAGUUGGCGGCGCAGGACAUGAUAGCGAAACUCGUCACAUUCGCAAGGCCUAUGAGAAGACUUCCCUCGAAUUAAUGGUCGUGCGGCGCUUCCAGUCGCCCACUGCGCAGAGCUUCUCGCGCCUGCGCCAUAUCGCCCAGGCCCGCAAGGCAGCGCAAGGCCCAAACCUCGGCAAGCCAGUGAAAUCCGCCCCCUCUCUACCUCUUCUCCAGCAGGGAAAACGUCCCAACCCGCUGAGCUCAAGCCCUGCAUCGAAGUCCCAGUUGCGCGGUCACGUUCCCACCGAUGAUCCCACGAACAGCGAUCCCACCACCCCAAGUGCCGCGAACCCCAAGUCCAAUGACCCGUCCCACCGCAUACUCUCCACCUCGGCAGAAGCAUCGCGUGAUCUGGGUGGUGAGAAUGAGGAGGAAUUCCCCGCUAACGACAGCGCCAUGUUAAUCCGCCGGAUUUGGGAGAGCCGAGAGGUCGCCAUCCAUGGCUAG